UGCCUUAAGCCGCGCCGCGCCCAACCCGCCCAACCCAGAGAUCAUCGUACUUCCAAGUUCCAACCUCACCUUGCCAUCUCUGCUUCCCUUUCCCGACUCCAAUCUCACAUCGAACUCAGAUCUUUCCUCAGGUCAUCGUCUCUUUCCCUGUUUCCUCCCCCACAAAGAUCCGUUCUCGGACCAAGAAGCCAAGAAACCUUGCUGCCAUGGCGGAGCCGGCCAAAAACGACGCCCACAUCGUGGAGAUCCCGGUCUCCGUCGACGGAGGCGAGGCGGAGGCAACCGGGUCCCUUGAGAAGGCGGCCGGGGCCCACCCGCUCGGGGAGAUCGCGACGAGCGCGGGCCACCUGCUCCUGCUCAAGCUGUGGCAGCGGGAGGAGGACCGCCUGGGCCGCCGCGCGUGCGCGCUGGAGGCGCGCAUGGACGCGGCGCGCCGGGACGCCUUCUACCUCUGCGCGGCGUUCCUCGCCUUCCACGGCCUGUCCCUCGCGGUCCUCUUCGCCGCGUCAGUGGCCACCGCCGCCACAUCGGCCGCCGCCGGCGGGGGCCGCCCGGCGAGCGCCGCGUGCAGGAGGUGGUGGGUGCCGUCGUCGCUGUCCCUGGCGGCCUCCCUCGCGCUCGCCGCGGCCGUGCAGCUGCGGGUCUGCGCCUACUGGCGCGCCGCGGCGCGGCUGCGCCGGGAACGCGGCGACGCGCGCGCGCUGGCGCGCGCCGUACAGGAGCUGCGCAUGAAGGGCGCCGCGUUUGACCUGUCCAAGGAGCCGCAGUACAGGGUGACGAGGGCCAAGUGCGCCAGCGUCGAGGGCGCCGGCGCGUGGGCGCCGCUCCGGUGGUGCCAGCAGAACGUCGUCACCACCUGCCUGCUCGCCGUCGCCGCCGCCGCGUUGCCCUCCGGCAAGUUCAUCCUCUGCGCAUAGGAUGGACAACGCCAAAGUGAAAGUGGUGAGGUCACCGGCUUCUUCAAAAACGGAAGUGGGGAACAGAGUGUUCGUCGCUGCAUCGGGGACAGAUCACUGCUUGUGCUCCCAUGCAAAAGAGACCGAGUCGAGGGAGAUGAUGCUACUGAUGCUAGGCUUAACAUCGCCCUGCCCUGAAAUGAUGAAGGGCACAUUCUUUGUAGUCAUUUUCACGGUAGCUAGAGCUUCAGUUGAUAUUCUGGCAUGAGAACGCUUAGUGUUCUUGUUUGGCGCCGUCUAUCAUGAGAUUUUUAUGCAUUUUCAGCCCAUUCAAAAUUUCAAAUACAUGCUCCAGUGAACUUGCUUGCAAA